AUGCUCUCCAAGAUGCAACUCUUAUCUUUGGCUUCGGCCUGCCUGGCCUCCGAGGCCGCAGCCCUCGUCGUCAACGCCCACCGAGUCAACCAUGGGCGCUACCACGACAAGAGGGAUGUCGGUUACCAGCACACCGAGGUGGUCUUCCACACUGUUUGGGAGACGGUCACUUUGUACGAGGACGACCUGCCUACUGCUCCUGUUUCUGUAUUCAAGAAUGUGGCCCCCACUACGACCAGCUCCAACUCCAACUCCAGCCUCUUCAGCUCUAGCUUCGGCUCUUCCUCCCCUCUGACGACCUUGACUACGUCGCUGGCCUCGCCUACUCCAGAGCCCACUCCAUCCAGCCCUCCUGCAGAAGAGCCUGUCAAGGUCCAGGCCGUUACUCCUCAACAGAAAGCUCAAGCAACAACCCAGCUUCAGUCGCCUACUCCCCAGCCUACUCCUUCCCAGCCUCAGAACUCUCCUGCUCCGGCCAAGCAAUCCUCCGCCCCGGCUGUCGACAACAGCACGUCGGGUUCGGGCUACUCGCAGUCCAGCGGCUCCAAGCGUGGUUUGGCUUACAACGACGCAUCGCUCACUUCCCCCUUCAUGGGCAGCGGAUCCAAGUGCUCGUGGGCUUACAACUGGGGACAGCGAGCUGACGGCCUCGACACCUCCAAGAUUGAAUACGUUCCCAUGCUUUGGGGUCCUCAGCAGAUGCACACCAGCACUUGGAAGCAGAAUGCUGACGCCGCCAUCGCUGCGGGCUCCAAGUCCCUCCUCUCAUUCAACGAGUGCGACAACAAGGGCCAGUGCAACACUGACCCGGCCGCGGCUGCCCAGGCUCACAUUCAGCUGAUGAACCCGUACGGUUCCAAGGCCUCCAUCUCAUCGCCCGCCAUCACCAACAGCAACCUUGCGGGUGAGGGCAUCGACUGGCUCAAGUCUUGGGUCAAGGCCUGCAACGGCCAGUGCAAGUUCGAUUUCUGUGCCGCCCACUGGUACUCCCCCGCCGACCCUCAGAACCUACUCUCGCACCUUGACGCUGUCCACGAGGCUUGUGAGGGCAAGCCUGUCUGGUUGACCGAGUUCGCACCCAUCGACGGUGACGCCGACAAGUUCUUGGCUGAAGUCAUGAAGGAGCUCGACAGCAACCCCAAGUACAGCUACGUCCAGCGCUACUCGUUCUUCUUUGUCACCUUGCAGCCGCACUUUACUUCGGCGCGCCUGAUGACCACUGCCACUUCGCUCAGCUCUCUCGGACAGGCUUUUGCCUACUCUUGA